GAAAAAGCCAAAAAUGGCGCUGCCUGGUACGGGAACUUUAAAAAUGUAGGAGACUGUUUGUGUGACUAAAAUAAUGGCUUCAGCUGAAGACGAGGUGUUAACUGGCUUGCAUCAGCUUCUUAAAAAUAUUGAGCCGACACUGAAAAGUGCAUCGGGAUCACUGGAUGUUGCGGAGGAUGUUUUGCUACAUUUGGAAGAAACAGAUGAGAGUUUUCACAAGCAUGACUUUGUAAAAUACAUCCGGGAAAAUAUAGAGACUUACAUCGGCCCACUAGUGGAUGAAGAAAUUGAAAAACGAAGCAUCUCUGGUGCCCCUAACUCCGUCUCCCGGCAAGAGACUCUUGUUCAAGCUGUUGCUGAAAGUGCUGUUGAAUCUAGACUUUUCUCAGAUUUGACGCAGAAGAUUUGCUCUUCCACAUCUUCCGCUGCCAACACGCUCCUGAGGAGCUUGGAUGAGGAGCACAACAGCAUGGGAAGUGAUGAAGAGGUGGAGAGCCAAUUAAGCAAGAGGAUGAGGUCUGUCUUCAGUGAAGGAGCAUCCACGUGUGGGUCUUCUUUUAAUCAAGGGAUGUUUUUCAUGAGCCAGGAGCAAUUCCACUGCAUUGCUGAUGAGAUGGACUGCAGAAAACCUAUAGAUAUUCGUCGAGACGCAUUGACAAGGUUAUGCCAUGUCCCCCCUUCUGAUGUGAUGGCCAGUGAAAGUUGGUCACAACUUCGUGUCUCAUUAAUGGAUGCGUUAGCUGAUCCUGAUCCAUUCCUAUCACACACUACACUAAGUUUUCAUGCAAAAAUGUUUGCCGUUUCCAACUACCAAAUAAUGCGCGAGACAUACACAUGCUUGGCUGAACAUCUGAUAAGAUGGUUCAAAUCUUCAUCUCAAAGUCUUCCUAGUAUUUAUGAACCUCUUGACAUCACCAAAUCUGAAGUAGUACUGCUAAUAAAAAGAAUACGUCUCCUGAAUGAGUUUCAAUGUGAAGUCCCUUCUAUAUGGGUUCGAUAUCCAGAAAGUUUUCUUGAAGUCAUUGUUGACAGCAGUUUAUCUUUGCUCUGUCUGCAACUUAAACUGGGCAAAAACAGCAACAACAGUGACAAACUGACAGCUCUGCACUUUCUUUCUUUGAUUGACAUACGUGCAAACUGGUUUAGGAAAUGGCUUCAUGGGAAUUACAGCAGAGCCACACUUAUUAACUCGUUAGAAGGAAAAUACCAGCCAGUUCUUCAGGAUGCUGUGUUGCAAUGUUUAACUUUCUGCCGAGACAGUCUUUCUAAACCAAAGUCUCACCCCCACCAUACACCCCAGGAUGGAAGAAGAACCACAUACACACCAAAUGAAAUCCGAUACGCUCGAUUUGUUCACUCGUUGUGCUUCGUAUCUCGCCUCCUCUUCUAUACAGGAGGAAGAGAGCUCUUCCCAGUCAGCAUUGAUAUCUUCCCGCAUCCAAUAUCAGUCCAACAUCUUCUUAUAUCUUGGAUUCAGCUUAUUGGGCUGGCAAAAUCAAAACCAAAGCACGGCCAUAAGGCUUAUGAACCAGCAUCAUUGGUGUGCAAGGCGAUUUGCAACUUAUGUUUAUCUAAUGCAUUCGUUGAACAAUGUGUUGGAGAUGAAGUUAUUUCUGUUCUUCUUAUUCCUAUCAGGACAUGGCUUGAACCAUCAAGUAAAAGAUACAGUGAGAGCUGUAUGCUCCAUAUUGCUGAGAUACUUGCUUGUCUGACAUCAACAUGUGCUGGAAGAAAACUUUUACUUCAUGGAAGUGGCUCAGAAAAGAAAUCAGCCGCUGCUCAUGUUAUUGCUGAGUUUGCUCAAAAGUCACUGAAUUCCAAACUUCCCUCGGGCACCCUGCAAUCAGCUGGUAAUAUACCAAGCUACUCCGUUGUUGGGGCAUUCGUAUUUGUGUGUCGGCAAAUGUAUAAUGUAUGUGAAGGCUUACUGUUGCUGCUGGAGUACAAUUUGCAUCAAGGAAUUGCUGCCGCUUGGAAACAGGCUCAUGAAAAAUGGGGUGACAGCCAUGCUGUGCCACUCAAAUUUGACGACUCGAAUGAAAAUAUUGACGAACAAAGUUCACCCACCCAAUCAAGCUCAAGAAACCUCGUACUUUGGGAAGAAACUUUACUUGAUAACCUUCUUAACUUUGCUGCUACUCCAAAGGGUCUUUUGCUACUCCAGCAAACUGGUGCAAUAAAUGAAUGUGUGGCGUACAUGCAUUCACGUUAUACAAAGAAGCUGCAAGUGAGCAAAUGUGAAAAGUUUGGGUAUGGUGUUAUGGUCACACAAGUUGCUGCUACUGCUGCUGGCACUUCAGCAUUAUACAAAGCUGGUUUCUUACGUGCAAUCAUCCACGAGCUGUGGAGUCAUCUGGAGCAUGCAACAGAUGAAAUAAGGAUGACAGCUCCUCGUCCUUUUCCUCUGCAUCCUAUUGAUAGAUCUGUGCAUAAGUCCUUCAUGGGGUUGGUGAAUGUUUUAAGUUCCUACCCUGCUGUACAUGAGCUAUUCUACCAACAACAACUACCCAAUAAAACUUCGUAUACUUUCCGGGAAAUGCCAGAAUCACCAAUUAAUUUAAUUGACAGGUUGGUAAUGAUCAAUUCAGAAGCAAAAAUUCACGCCUUAUUCAACUACGAACAAUCCCAUGUAUUUGGAUUAAGGUUGCUAGCUGUUCUAGCCUGUCACUUGGACAGUUGGUUACUGCUUGAAACUCAGUACAACAUACAACACACGCUGUUGGAGCUGCAAAAGAACAACAGAACCAUUGAAGGGGAAAUAAUAAUUGACCGUCUUUCCAUUGAACGCAACUAUUUGCUUGUAAAGACUCAUAUGAUAGGGGGGGAAGGUGAAAGACUUUUACCAAGUCGUUCUCUUGAUGAUAACUCACAACAGAGAAGACAGCGUCAUUAUGUGUGGCCUUUAUUUUAUCACUUUCCAAUCCCAAAAGAGUACACACCAACUAUAGCAUCACAAACUUCAAUGAAAAAAGAAAGUGCAUUGAGUCGCUUUCUUGCCUCUUCCAAAUCAUCCGAGAAAAAUCGACAAUGGUUGGAGCAGUUACGAUCCACGUUCUGCAAAGUGAUGAAGACCGCAGCAUCCACUGUAAGAGGGGGAGUGUUGAUAGAGACGAUUGAAAAAACCAUCCAAGCACUAGAGAGAAUGCCAGAGGAGAGAGUAUUUAAGAAAACUCCAACAAGAGGUCAGUUUAGAGACUCUGGUUCUGCCUCGAACAACAAUUUACAAAACAUUGGUGUAAAGCUGGCAAUCAGAUAUGGCAAGCAGAUUAAUGCAUUGAAAGCCAACCCUGAAACUGCUGCAGCAAAUCUUGUAACAGUGCUAAGGACAUGCUCACAGUUUCUUGCUCAGCAACAAAGUUAUUCUUCUGUUUUAAAACUUACAUCUGGUCCAUACCCAUGUUAUGACUGGUUCGUAAGCAGCAUCUUUCUAAUGGUGUCUGGGAGUAAGGACCGAAGUCUCUCCAUACUGAUGAAGUUAUCUGAAUUACUUUGCUCUGGUUACUUGUGGCCAGCAAGAUUGCAUGCAAGUAUUCAUCUAUCAGAAGGUGUUCGAGCGAGUGGUAUUCCUCCAGUAUUUUCAUGCACAGGACAUCAUGUUGAACUUAUUCUGCAGGCUGAACACCCUUUAAUUUACUCAGCAUUCCGCAUGAGUGGGUACACCCCAUCACAGAUUACCCAGCAUUGGUUAACCCAGUGUUUCUGGAACUAUCUGACAUGGACACAAGUCACUCACUAUAUUGUUACCGUUAUAACAAUGGGAUGUGAUUAUCAGGUUUACAUCUGUGUCAGCAUAUUGAAACAUCUUCAACAUGAAAUUUUAAGUCACCGUCAAACACAAGAUCUUCAAGUAUUUCUUAAGGAAAACCCAAUAGAAGGAUUUGUUGUGUCCGAGUGGUUUGAUUACAUGAACAAACUGGAACAAACAUAUAGGAAUACAGUUCUUACCUCAAUGCGAAACAUAGCUUGACAAACCUCAAUAUUAUAACAUCUAAAAUGACCUGACAAUCCAGUUUAAGCGAGAUGGAAGCUGAAAAAAGAACAGAUUUGCUCAUAGGUGUUGCAACAUGCGUCAUUCCUUUUAAAAUAAUUUUCAUGUUUUUGGAUGCUUUGGUUUUGAACACAAUCAUAUUUACAUGUGGGCUAUGAAGCUUUGUACCCAAAUCACUGUGAAUUUUAUUAAUAAAACAUAGAACUGACUGUUUCA